AUGGGAUGUACACUGAGCGCCGAGGAGCGCGCGGCUCUGGACCGGAGCAAAGCCAUCGAGAAGAACCUGAAGGAGGACGGGCUGGUCGCCGCCAAGGACGUCAAACUGCUUCUGCUCGGCGGCGGAGAGUCCGGCAAAAGCACCAUCGUCAAACAGAUGAAGAUUAUCCAUGAAGAUGGCUUUUCUGGGGAUGACGUGAAGCAGUAUAAGCCUGUCGUCUACAGCAACACCAUCCAGAGCUUGGCAGCCAUCCUCCGAGCCAUGGACUCACUGGGCAUUGAGUUUGGAGACAAGGACAGAAAAGCCGAUGCUAAGCUGGUUUGUGAUGUGGUCAGUCGUAUGGAGGACACGGAGCCGUACUCUGCAGAGCUUCUCACCGCUAUGAAGCGUGUAUGGGCCGACGCUGGGACUCAAGAGUGCUUCAAUCGUGCCCGGGAAUACCAGCUUAACGACUCUGCUCAAUACUACCUGGACAGUCUAGACCGGAUCGGGGCAGCAGACUACCAGCCCACAGAGCAGGACAUCCUGAGAACCCGAGUGAAGACCACCGGUAUCGUCGAAACCCACUUCACCUUCAAAAACCUCCAUUUCAGGCUGUUUGACGUGGGAGGUCAGAGGUCAGAGAGGAAGAAGUGGAUCCACUGCUUUGAAGAUGUGACGGCCAUUAUCUUCUGCGUUGCCCUGAGCGGAUACGACCAGGUGCUCCAUGAAGAUGAAACAACUAACCGCAUGCAUGAGUCACUCAUGCUCUUUGACUCCAUCUGUAACAACAAGUUCUUCAUCGACACCUCCAUCAUCCUCUUCCUCAAUAAGAAGGAUCUGUUUGCUGAGAAGAUCAAGAAGUCACCGCUGACCAUCUGUUUUCCAGAAUACACAGGUGCUAAUACUUACGACGAUGCUACUGCAUAUAUUCAGGUUCAGUUUGAGAGUAAGAACCGCUCUCCCAAUAAGGAGAUCUACUGUCACCUGACCUGUGCCACAGACACAGGAAACAUCCAGGUAGUAUUUGAUGCCGUCACUGACAUCAUUAUUGCAAACAACCUUAGAGGGUGUGGCUUAUACUGAGGCCUGGCUAAGCACAGAGGUUGUCAUGGAGAGUAUGAGGUGUUAAUAAUGAUAAUUUUGAUGAUACUUAAACAUA